AUGGUGAACGUUCCCAAGUCACGCAGGACUCUUUGCGCUGGCAAGUGCAAAAAGCAUCAGUUGCACAAGGUCACCCAGUACAAGAAGGGUAAGGACAGUAUGCACGUGCAAGGUCGUCGCCGUUACGACAUGAAGCAAGCUGGUUUUGGUGGUCAAACAAAGCCUAUUUUCCGCAAGAAGGCCAAGACCACUAAGAAAAUUGUCCUUAAGCUGGAAUGCACUGUUUGCAAGAAGAAGCACUUCGCUACGCUUAAGAGGUGCAAGACAUUCGAACUUGGUGGUGACAAGAAGAGCAAGGGCUCUUCUAGCGCCUACUAA